AGUGGGAACCAGGGCCGUCGAGUUGGGGGAGCUGCCGGCGCUGGAUCAGACAACUCCCUGGGAGGCGGCAGCAGGCAGACGGGCGGGUACUGGGAACUGAGCGGCAGGCCGUCCCCGCGGGUCUGUGAAGGAGGUCGGUGGCCCUAGCGUGCUCCAGUCAGCUUUAAGAAAAAAAAAAUAAGAAAUCACUUCUGACUGUACUGAAUAGCAAUAAUUAAGUAACUGCAAACCAUGGCACUAUCGUUCCGGAAGGACUUAGAAAAGUACAAGGACGUUGAUGAAGAUGAACUCCUUGGGAAUCUAUCAGAAAUAGAACUGAAACAACUGGAAACUGUGCUGGAUGAUCUUGACCCUGAGAAUGCCCUUCUGCCUGCAGGGUUCCGGCAGAAGAACCAGACAUCAAAGUCUGCCACAGGGCCAUUUGAUAGAGAACACCUCCUUUCAUAUCUGGAGAAGGAAGCUUUGGAGCAUAAGGACAGGGAAGACUAUGUGCCCUACACUGGAGAAAAAAAAGGGAAAAUAUUUAUCCCUAAGCAGAAACCUGUACAGACUUUUACAGAAGAAAAAGUAUCUCUUGAUCCAGAACUAGAAGAAGCUUUGACAGGUGCUUCUGAUACAGAAUUGUGUGAUCUCGCAGCUAUUCUUGGGAUGCACAAUCUGAUAACAAAUACACAGUUCUGCAAUAUAGUGGGAAGUAGUAAUGGUGUCGACCAAGAACAUUUUUCAAAUGUGGUAAAAGGUGAAAAGAUUCUUCCAGUAUUUGAUGAGCCCCCAAAUCCAACCAAUGUUGAAGAGAGUCUACAGAGAAUUAAAGAAAAUGAUGUUCGUCUUGUUGAAGUUAAUUUGAAUAAUAUAAAGAAUAUCCCAAUUCCAACCCUAAAAGAUUUUGCAAAGGCUUUGGAAACCAACACACAUGUGAAAUAUUUCAGUCUUGCAGCCACCCGAAGCAAUGACCCUGUUGCUGUUGCUUUUGCAGAGAUGCUAAGAGUGAACAAAAAUUUGAAGAGCUUAAAUAUGGAGUCCAACUUUAUUACAGGAGCUGGGAUUCUAGCACUGAUUGAUGCUUUGAGAGAUAAUGAAACCCUGGCUGAGCUGAAAAUCGACAAUCAGAGGCAGCAGUUGGGGACGGCUGUAGAAUUGGAAAUGGCCAAGAUGCUUGAGGAAAAUACCAAUAUCCUUAAAUUUGGGUAUCAGUUUACGCAGCAGGGACCCCGAACCAGGGCAGCUAAUGCUAUAACAAAAAAUAAUGACUUAGUUCGCAAGAGACGAGUUGAAGGAGACCACCAGUAAGUCUGCCAACAUACAAUCUUUGGAAGACUUCGAAAGUUUGCCAAGGGCCCGUGUUGUGAUAUCAGAUGUAAAAUUUUCCGCGGGAGAAGGGAAAAGACUGGAAAUUCUUUUUUUAAAUUUUAUUUUAACUACAUGUAUCUUUUAUCUAGUUUAAGUUGUUACCAGUUUCAAACUGUAAAUCACUAGUAGGUGGUAUUUUGUAUUCUAAAGCAUUAUUUCUACUUUCUGCUAAAAUCAAUUUUAAUUUAGCUUAAUUAAAUGGUUUAUGAUGAGUUGGGUUAAAAAAAUACAAUUAUAAAAAAGUUUAGGAAGUCAUCUAUGUAGAAUAAUAUGAACAUUCUAAGGACCAAUCUUUUUUUAAGUCAAAAAGGGACAUUGCUGAUGUCAGAAUUGUUGCUGCACCUCUUAGGUACAAGGAACUUCAAAGCUUUCCUUAUUCCAUGGCAAGGAGACUUUUCCAAGUUUCAGAACACAUGAACUUGGCAAGAGUAUGGUUUUUGCUUCUAUCAAGAAAGCGAAAUGCCAGCACUUUAAAACAGAUGACUCAAAACCUGGUCAUCUGUUUUGGAGUCACAGCAGAUCUCUAGGAGAGAGAAAGCAGUCUCCUGUACAUUCCACAGCACUGUACGUGUCCACGGUGUCUCAGCAACACCUACAGUGUUUUUCAACAAAGUCAUCAGCUUGGCCAGGUUACACACUUUGUUUAAAAGUACAGUUAGGGCCAAACUAAUUACCGUUUUUUCACUGUAAUAAUGUGGGCAUUAUUAAAUUUUUGUGAAGGCUCAUACUAAAAAAAAAAAACAUCUGAGUAGGAAAGCUAUUUUUUCUUCCCUGUAAAAGGCAUACAGCCAACUCUCAGUUAUUUAGGGUAAAAGAAAAAAGAAAGCUGUUGUUAAACACAUGAAAUCAAAGUUAAUAAAUGGUGGAGGUUAAGUCUGAGGAGCAUGCAAAACGGUCCUUUAAAUUGUUGGUUACUGAUGGUAAAUGAGAAACUGGCCUGGGUAUAAAUUAAGAGCUGCACAGGAUAGUGAGACGUUCCUAUAUGCAACACAGAGUUGUCUGAAUGGUAUACAAUCACCACUCACUACAGAUUUUUCCCAACCAAUAAGGAAAAUGGCUGUUCUUGAUAAAUCUAUCUGUUUCCUUUCAUCUUGUACUUUUUGGUCUACAUUGUAUAAAAGCAAUUUCUCAUAACACAAGCUGUCUUCCUAUCAUUCAAAGUAUUAAGGUGAACAGUUAAAUGGUGGUUCUGUGGUGGGAAGACUAUUCCACAUCCAAUAGUAUGAUAGACAGUUUGGGCCUGCAUUCAUGUCCUAUUUCAGGGCAGCCCCAGAGCAGGAGAUGGCAGAGGCGUUACAGCUGCAGACGACAGGGGCAAAGGAGUCUGAGCAGUCCUGGCCUCGACGGUUCAGGCCUGGGUGUAUCACUUACAGGGAGAUUUUUCUAAAGGAACAAUCUUCCAGAAUAGGGGAGAGGUCUAUUGUUAAUUUUUUUAAACUUCUUGAAAUUGAAUUAUAAAAUGUCUGCUCCUCUGUCUUGGGUUGGACAGUUUAAUGAGCUAGGCAGCUCCUUGCAUGCUACAGUAAUAAGCCUUCUUAACAGGCAAAAGCUUUCCUCAUGAGGACUGAGUGUGUGUUUUUUUGGAAUCAGUAUCCAUUGUUUGAAAGGGGCCAAAGAUUGGCUUUGCACCGUACUGCUAUUCCCUUUCAGUUAUAGGGUGCUGGAGGUUUUUCCAAGUUAGCAAGUCAAGCUCACCCUCGCUCGCUCUCUCCCUC